UCCGAUUCCAGUCCUUUUGGGUGAAAAUAUCCAUGUUCACUUCGGGACUUCUCGCGGGUUGCGGUAUCUACACACUGAUCGAGAUCCUUUCUGAUCUUCGCCACGGAAGAGAGAUCACCCUUUCUAAAGAUGGAGCAUUCACUCCCGUGUUCAUACUCCUGUAUUUCCUUUCCUUCAUCGGAAGCUUGGACAGGCUUGAUAUCGGCAGCAUGAACAUCCGGAACAUGCAGAAAAAAGAACGUAUCCUGUCACUGCUUGUGAUGUUGUGCUAUUCCACUGGACUUGGGAUGGCGUUGACGACGAUGAAUGUGCCUCUUGAAGUAAUUCAAGGCAUCACGACAUGGCGUGUCGUCCUUUGCGGAGAAGCAGCUCUGCCAAUUGCAGCCUGGCUCCUGAUUGCGCAAAAUCCAGAGUACAACGCAUUUACAUCCCGGCUCACCCAGCUUCGGGAUGAAUUGACUGGAAGUUCAAAGUGAAAUCAGUUGUGUUCGUUUUUCUGGUCGGAAUUUUUUUUUUUAUGAUCGUGCUAACGUUGAAUCGAAUUGAAAUGUGCUCCAAAAGCGCGUCUCAAAUUUUCAGUAAUGUUUUCUCGUGAUUUUGCCUACGGUGGAAUUCCGUUCGCUUCGAAAAAUGUCAAGACAUGUUCCAUACGUGCGAAAUUGAAGCCUUUUUACUUGUUAGUCAAAAUUCCACAAGGAAUGCUCGGGAGUGCCAAGGACUUCGUAGGAAAUUUUUGCUUGGAAAUUGGGAAUAAUUCUCUGAGAUAUUUCUAAAAAAAAGAUUGUAAACCUUUCGGGUAAUGUUUAGGAAUUUUGCAAGAAUACGUUUUUCUCUGACUAGUCAAUACUGGUGGAAAUGUACUGCCAAAAACUUGAGAGCCUUUCAAGCAAUCUGGCUCAACAUCAUUGAAUAGGAGCUUCUCGCAUAUGAAGAGCGGAAAUCAGGGUGUUAUUGAAAAGACGGAAUUUCCGAAAAGAAGUGAAAUUACAUCGGGAGGAAAAAUAGUCACGCUGAGAAAAUUCGAAUUGUGUUACUCUUCCAGCAUCUAUAGUGAGGUUAGCUGUUAGAUUUUUGAUCUCAAGUUACAUUCGCCAAGUCUUUUCAAAUUUCGUCUUGUGUCGUGUCAGAUUUUGCUGAAGAUUUCUCGAUUUCUCACAAAGUGUGAAAAAUAAUUUUUGUCGCGCUUUACCACGAAAAGGGCGAGCGUGAACAGAUGAAGUCUCUGAGAAGCAAGCGAAAAUCAUCAAAUAGCAGGAUUAGAAUCUAGCAAUUAUCGAAUAAGCAAAUUGUUCGAUCAUCGAGAGAGUACAGGUAUCAGAAGAGCUAGGCCCUUAAUGAGAUGGGAUGGAAAUCAGAAAGUGCGAACAUAUUGCUGUACUGUUUCCCGAGUGUUGACACUUCUCUGCUCAUUCGUGUAUUCGUCAUACUGGAAUUUACGUUUGUUUCGGUACUUAGAGGGUUGAUGUACCUGCUGUUUUAUGUAUUUCCCCUUUCUUGUUUACCUUUUCACGAUUCGCACUUCUAUGUACCUGCUCCGUUCAAUUUCAACUUUUCGUGUACUCGUUCUUCUGUUGUUGAUCCGUGGCAGCGUGUUUCGCAGCUGAAAGCUGUGACUGUAUAGGGAGAUUCAGCUAGAGAAAAUUUGAUCCUCCAUAUUUUCAAAGUAAAUCGAUCGCCGCAUAGAAUCGUGUGCCACAUAAGCGCCGUAUUUCAAUUGAUUUCGUUCAAUAGAAACUGAAACGCGAAGAUUCUUGACUGUGAAACUUAUCCAGCCUCGUGGGAUAGAUUCUUGUCCAUUCGAAAAAAUUGGCUUUAAUAUCGAUCUCUCGGAAAAGUGUUCGUUUUCGUGAAGCACUGUAUGUUGUGUUUAUUGUGAUAACCACUGGAAGAAGAAAAAACAAAACAAAAAACAAAGAAAGUGAUCGUGUUCUGCCCAGAAAA